AUGGGUGUCAGCUAUUCCAUCGCUCAUAGUGUGACAUCAGACGUGGAUACAAAGCAACCUAAAGGUCACGUGUUGAAGAAUUAUACCCCUCGUCUUCGCCAAUCGGUGAAACGACCCACCCCGUUCCAACCAGGUCAACUGAUGUCGAACUUUAUGGUCAAGUGUAACAGCAUAACAAAUCACAUGAUUUGUACGACUAACGAUCCCUCAGCUGAGGAUUGCCGCCGUGCGUGGACUGCUUCUGACGGGGUAAAUCGAUCUACAUCGACGUCCAUCUCAACUCUCCCGGAGAGGCUAGAGCUUGCAUGUUUUGAUAUUGGUCCAACCGUCGGGACAGGCUCCUAUGCAACGGUGUGUAUUGCUAGUCUGAAGUCGGCUCCCGAGUGCCACCGCUCUACUUUUGCACUGAAAGUUCUGCACAAGACAAAGGUGAUCGCUGAGCGCCAGGUAGUCCACCUUCGGAACGAACGCCGAAUACUCUCUGCGAUCAAGCACCCCUUCAUAGUCCAAUACCUUGGAAGCUUCCAGGAUGAUGUAAACAUAUAUAUGCUGCUCGAGUACGUCUCUGGCGGGGAGUUGUUCAGUUACAUCUAUAAGUAUGGGGCCUUAGGACACACAGUUGCUCGUUUUUACACCGCUCAGGCGGUGCUGGCCAUUGACUUCCUACACUUCAAGGGCAUAGUGUACCGCGACCUAAAGCCAGAGAACAUGCUGUUAGACCGUUUUGGUCACAUACGUCUGGUAGAUUUUGGCUUCGCCAAGCAAGUAAAAAACAAGACUUACACUGUCUGUGGCACUCACGACUAUCUCGCUCCCGAGAUAUUUUUGCGUUGUGGUCACGGUGUGGAGGCUGAUUGGUGGUCUUUGGGUGUGUUGGUGUACGAGAUCCUGACUGGCGCUCCGCCGUUCCACGCUUCAGACCCCUGCGCUACAUACGACCUUGCACUAGAGAACUGCGUCCGUUUUCCCCGUUCGAUAAGGUUUGAAGUUAAGGAUUUCAUUCGCAGGUUACUCGUAGUGAAUCCCCGUAAACGUCUAGGCGGCAACAACAGCUCUGAACUCUACUCCCACAAGUUUUUCAGGGGACUUGACUGGAUGAAGAUGCUAUCCAAGCAGUUGAAGCCCCCUAUAGUUCCGCGCGUAUCUGGAAUCGCGGACACCACCAAUUACAUGAAUUAUCCUGAUGACUGGCGUGCUCACAAUGCCAGGAUAACUGCAGCAGAACAGGACGAAUAUUUCAGCGACUUUUAG